AUGGAUUGGCAUCACACCACAAAACCAUUUGUUCCUCAGCCAGAGACCUUAAGCUUCUUCUACAACUAUAACAACAACCCAUAUCCAGGAGUGGAAGUGAAACAAGCGACGUUGAUGGAGACAGGAGAAAGAUCGAUUCCAGGAAUGGACAACGGGAGCAAAGAGAAGAAGAAGCGAUUAACAAGUAACCAGAUAGAGUUAUUGGAAAGGAGCUUCCAGGAAGAAAUAAAGUUAGACCCUGAAAGGAAGAUGAAGCUUUCGAGGGAGCUAGGCCUCCAGCCUCGCCAAAUCGCUGUCUGGUUCCAAAACAGACGUACAAGGUGGAAAACCAAGCAGCUUGAACACUUGUACGAUGUUCUCAAACACCAAUAUGAUGUCAUCUCCAACGAAAAGCAGAAGCUUCAAGAAGAGGUUAUGAAGUUGAAGGCAAUGCUGAGUAAAGAGCAAGGUUUUGGGACGCAAACAUUUGGCGGUUACCCAGAAAUGUCUGGGGAAGAAACUGUAGAAAGCACGUCAGAGGGUCUAAGGGGUUCGAACAAGGCACGGGGAAAGAGUAACAUUGAGCAGGUUGCAGAUCAGGGUUUUUGUUCUUUCACUGUGGAGGAUUAUAACACUGUUUCACUGCCUCUCUGCCCCUGGCCUGUUGUGCCUUAUUAG